UACGUAACGAGCACGCGCUUGUGCAAUCGUUACACAAGUGCAUCGCGUGCGGUGUGUUUGUGCUCAUGGUCGCGCGGACUUCCGUGCGUUUGGUUUGGCGUUAUUUUGUCCAAAACAGAAUGGGAGAUAUGUCCUCCAAAAUACGAAUGCCGUCUCCGGAGGAAGCGCUACUUGGAAGAGAGCAGAGCAUGAAAGUGUCAGCUAAGCACGACGUGAAUGGUAACAGGACAGUGCCACCGUUCCCAGAGGGACUGCAGAUGGUCUUAUUCGGUAUGGGCUGUUUCUGGGGAGUGGAGAGGAAGUUCUGGAGGCAAAAUGGGGUCUAUUCCACUCAAGUGGGCUACUCUGGCGGUUACACCCCAAACCCCACCUAUGAAGAGGUGUGCACAGGUAAAACAGGACACACAGAGGUGGUUCGCGUGGUCUAUGUGCCUGAGAAGAUAAACUUUGCACAGUUGCUGAAGGUAUUUUGGGAAAGCCACGAUCCUACACAAGGAAUGCGACAAGGCAACGAUGUUGGGACGACCUAUCGAUCAACCAUCUACGCUUACGCACAGGAACAGCUCGACCAGGCAUUGCACUCCAAGGAUGAAUAUCAGAAGGUGCUGACUGAAGAGGGUUUUGGAGCCAUCACCACAGAAAUAGCAAUGACUAAGGAGUUUUACUAUGCAGAAGACUAUCACCAGCAGUACCUCAGCAAGAACCCCAACGGCUACUGUGGACUGGGCGGCACCGGGGUCUCCUGCCCAAUAGGAUGGAAGAGUAAAAAUUAACAUGCUUCUCCUGUCCUGUGAUUGAACAAAUUUAUAUUGACUUGCCUUAAAGGGAUAGUUCACCUAAAAAUGAAAAUUAGCCC